AUGGAACAUUUCUUGUAUCGAGGCGAGGAUUGUGUCGAGCAGUUCAUUUCAACUCUCAAUCAAAUGUCCAGACUCAUUCCCGAGUGGAGUAGGAGCGAUCUCACGACGGUCAAAAAGACAGAGAACUCCGACAGUCCCUGUGAUGUAUGUGGUGAGUCGUUCGACAAACGUAAAAGAAAGGACAACGAUCAUUUUACCGGACCUUACAGGCUGUGCCAAGGCUGUAACUUAAACGAUAGGAAUAACAAAAAAGUCAAUCCCCUGGUUGCACGCAACCACUCGUACGACCUUGCCUUUAUUUUACCGAAACUACAUUUAUUCGAGUCGAGAGAUAUCAAGGUUCUCGCCAGUAGCUGUCAACAGUUUAAGCGACUCGACGUGGGUAACCUACGGUUUCUCGACAGUCUAGCUUUCCUCCCCGCGAGCUUAGACGCACUUGUGCAGGACCUCCAUUCCAAAGGCUUGGAAAACUUUCGCUGCCUUCGUGAAGCGUUCCUUCAACAUAUUGAGUUGCUGGCACGUAAGGGUGUGUUUCCAUACGAUUACAUAACCGACUUCAGCGUCUACGAUGAGCCCGAGUUGCCACCACGUGAGUCGUUUUACAACAAGCUUAACGACGCUCACAUUUCUGAGACGGAUUAUCACCAUGCCCAGGCCGUUUUUGACACGUUUAAGUUAAAAAACGUGGGAGAGUACAGUGACUGCUAUUUGAAACUCGACUGCUUACUUCUAUCCGACGUAAUGCAAAAUUUUAGGAAAUGGACCCUGGAAACCUACGAGAUCAAUCCCCUGCAUUUCGUGUCGCUUCCUGCCCUCAGCUUGGCCUGUGCGCUUAAGCAAACAAAAAUCAAACUUGAAUUGCUCAGCGACGUCGACGCAUAUCUUUUUAUCAAAUCGGGUUUACGAGGAGGAAUCGUGCAAUGUGCAGUUCGACAUGCGAGAGCCAACGUUCCAACCAGCGACUUGUUCGAUCCUAACAAAGAAGCUUCUCAAAUGUUCGACCUCGAUGUGAACGGUCUUUACGCGUCAACGAUGAGACAAUCACUUCCGUACAGGGAUUUCCGAUUGCUCGAUCGCGAAGAAAUCAAUGCCCUUCAGCUCGCUCAGGUUUCAGACGACUCACCCACUGGUUACAUCAUGGAGGUAGACCUAGACUAUCCAGAGGAACUACACGACUCGCAUGCAGACUUUCCUUUGGCUCCGGAAAAACGAGAGGUUCCUUUCGAAUGGCUUUCGUCUUUUCAAAAGGUGCUAGUAAAAAAAUUUGACCUACCCGAGAGAGAAUCUGAACGUAAGCUUCUUUUAACACUAUUUCUCAAACGUAAUUACGUUAUUCAUUUCCGAAACCUAAGGUUGUACCUGCAGCUAGGGUUAAAACUGAAGAUGAUUCAUCGCGUCCUGAAGUUUUCCCAGCGAGCCUUUCUAAAAGAAUUUAUCGACUUCAAUCACGAUCUGCGCAAGCAGGCUACCAACACCUUUCAGAAGAAUCUGUCAAAGCUCUUUAUGAACUCGAUCUACGGAAAGACGAUCGAAAAUCCUCGCCAGUACAACGACAUUGUCAGUAGCGUUUCUGAGAACGAAGUCGUAAAAAAUCUGCAAAAACCUAACCUUAGACAAUUUACAGCGAUCAGUCCGAACGUGGUCCUAUUUCAAUUUUCACAGAAAACUUUGCGCCUGAACAAGCCCAUAUACGCAGGUUUCUUUAUCCUAGAGAUGUCGAAGAUCGUCAUGUACGAUUUCCUCUAUAAUCAGAUCAGGAGAGUUUUCCCGGAUGCUCGCGCUGCAUAUAGCGACACGGAUUCAUUUAUCCUCCAAUUCAGCGGUCGGGACGUCGACGAGAGACUCGCAGAGCUUACUGAGAGCCACCUAGAUAAUUCCGGUUACCCGUCGGAGCACGCCUUGUAUUCGCUUCAACACAAAAUGCGACUUGGAGUUUUCAAAAACGAGCUGCCGAAAGAUCACAUUCUAGGAUUUGUCUGUCUUAAACCGAAACUCUAUGCGCUCGAUCUAGAAUCUCAAGAACAUUGUGUGAGGGCUAGAAGAGUGAAAAGAUGCGAGUGGCGUAAGCUAACUUACGAUCUUUACCUUCAGACUCUCGAGACACAAACUCUGCACACUAUCACCCAAAGAAUCAUUGCUCGUAAGCAAAAUGAAAACAAAAGUGUCGUCGUAGAAAAAAUUGGAUUGAACCCUUUCGACAACAAGCGUUUUAUCGAAGACAACGGACUUUCGACGCUUUCUUAUGGACAUUUCAGACUCGGCGAAAUGUCCUCCUCCAAGACAACCGGGUGUGUUCGGUAA